GAUGAUGAUGAUAAUAUGGAUGAAGAUGAUGAUCAGCAAGAAGAAGAAGAAGAUGAUGGAUUAUUAAAAAUUCCACAUCAUAAACCUGAUAAUUCCAUUUUUACAAUAUCAAUUGAUCCACAAACACAAAAUCGUGUUUGUUCAGGUGGUGAAGAUGAUCGUUGUCUUGUAUGGCGUUUAGAUACCGGUGAAUUAAUACAUGAAUAUGCAAAAUUUGAAGAUAGUGUUCAUCAAGUAUGUUGGAGUUUUGAUGGAAAAUAUUUAUGUGCAUGUGAUAUGCGUGGACAAAUACGUUGUUGGACAGAUGAUCAAAAUGGUCUACCAACUACUGAAGUUUGGUCAUUUCAUACUGGCAAUGAUAUUGAAUUAAUGCGUUUCCAUCCAUCAGCACAUGUUUUAUUUGUUGGUACAAAUGAUUCACAAUUAUGGUUAUUUAAAAUUCCAUCAGGAGAAUAUAAAAUCAUGCAUGGUGGAAGUGAUACAGAAAUUAAUACCUUAGAAGUACUUACAAAUGGUAAACAAUGUGUAUGUGGUUAUGGUAAUGGUCAAAUUAAAUUAUGGGAUCUUAAACAAUGUACUAUUGUUUGGCAAUAUGAUAACAGUGGUGAAGGUGAUGGUGCAAUGAAUGCUAAUAAUAAAUGUAUUUCAAUGUGCUUAAAUGAUGAACAAACAUUAGUAGCUUGUGGUUCAGCUGAUGGUAAUU